GCCAAAACUCAUCGUUUGCCUGGCUUCAAGGUUUACCAGGAGGAAGGAUGGCUCUGGACUGUGAGCAGAAGAAGCUACUGUUGAAAACGCUGAUGGAUCUUGGGGAGGACGAUUUCAAGCACUUCAAGUUCUACACAGGCCUGCCUAGAAGGGUACGUAAAAACCCCUGCCGUGUGUACAUUGCUGACAAGCUGGUGAUCAAGCAUGGCGAGAACACUCUGGAUGAGACCAUCAAGAUUCUGGAGAAGAUAGGCAACAAGAACUUGGCCAAGAAGUUGCGUCGCAACAUGCUGGAAAUAAGAGACGCUUUCCAUUAUGAUCGGAUUGCCAUAUUGAAGGAUGACCUGCAAGACAAACUGCGGGGUUUAAACAGCUUUGUUCGUGAGGGCAACAUCGAGCUCUGGCAGAAACGGCCUCUGGCGGACGUCUACACAGAGCUGGACGUCACCUACGGAGCUGACGUCAGCCCCGACGAGCAACACGAGGUCCUUCAGAUGGAGACACGUGCCGCCGCGGCCAAUGAGUCAAUCCUGCCAUGCGACAUCUUCAAAAACCAUGACGGGAAGACCCGCCCGAUACGCACACUUCUCACCAUUGGCUUUGCAGGAAUUGGGAAAACCUUCUUGGUUCAAAAGUUUGUGUGCGACUGGGCCAGCGGGAAUACCAAUCAGGAUGUCCACUUCAUAUUUCCCUUCACCUUCCGUGAGUUGAACAUGGACAAAGGGAAAAGUUUUACACUGGCCAAGCUCAUCCGACGCUACGUUUGCGAGAGUAGGCACAUGAGCGAGGAGACACUGAACAAUAUAUUUGCCGAACUGCAGAUGUCCGGGAAGGAGGACUACGAAAGCAGCGGGAUCAAGAUCUUGUUUGUCUUGGACGGACUGGACGAGUGCAACUUCGAAAUGGACUUGAAGAAUGAUAUUAAAGUAGACAUGGACGUGACAGAAUCCUACCCGCUGGAGAUACUCCUGGCGCUCCUCAUCAAAAGGAACCUCCUUCCCUGCGCCCGGGUUUGGAUCACCACGCGGCCCGCCACGGCCCGCGAUAUCCCCUCCCACCUCAUCGACAGCAGUAUAGAGGUGAGAGGAUUCAGCGAUUCCCGGAGGCUGGAGUACUUCAGGAAAAAGUUCCCAAAUGAGGAGCGUGUCAUUGAGCACAUCCGGAAAACUCGCACCAUCUUCAUCAUGUGCCACAUGCCCAUCUUCUGCUGGCUAACCGCCAAAGUUCUUCAGGAUCAUUUGGAUUUGAAAGGAAAGAAGGAAGAGCUUCCCACGACGCUGACCGACAUGUACUCCCAGUAUAUGUUUCACCAACUGAAAAGCUCAGAGGAGAGACAGAUGACAGACUACAUCCAUGACCUGAAAGCGCUAGCGAAGCUGGCCUUUCACCACACCAUGAACAAGUGUCAGAUCUUCUACGAGAACGACCUGACGGACAGUGGCUUUGAUUACAGCCAAGCCGCAAAACAUUGUGGAAUAUUCACCGAGGUGUUUAAGGAGGUACGUCCGCUCAAAAGAAACCAACAGAGCAAGAUGUUUCAGUUCGUCCACCUGACCGUCCAGGAGUAUCUGGCAGCAUUCCACGUGAUGAUUUGCCUCUUCCUCGAGAACAAGAACAUUCUGGCUGAUUCAGAGCUAGCACUGGAGGGUAUUUUCCAAGAGGAAGAAUCAGAAGAACCAGAAGAACCAGAAUCAGAGGAAGAAGUCGAAAGGGAAUCAGAAGAUGAAGGAAAAGGUACAGAGGAAGAAGUUGAAACAGAAUCAGAACAUGAAGACGAUGAAGGUGGUUGGAAAAUCACUGAGGUCCACUGGUUUGCCCUGAAGAGAGCCUCAGAGAGUGGAGGAAAUCUGGACCUGUUCCUCCGCUUCCUCUGUGGCCUUUCCUUGCCGUGCAACCAAGAACUAGUGGGGGAACUGCUGAAGGCUCCCCAGGACUGCAGGCAAAGCAAGUCAUGGACAGUCAAGUUGAUCAAGGAAAGGAUAAAACGGAACCCUCCGGAGAAGAAUAUCAACUUGUUCUACUGCUUAAAUGAGCUGAAGGACGACUCCUUGCUGAAGCAGGUCCAGAGAAAAAUGGAGUCAAAAUGUAUUGACUGGGACAACAUGCCAAAUGACAUGUGGUCUGCCCUGGCUUUCUUCUUACUGACAGACAACGAAACCAUGAAGUCCUUUUACCUGAGGAAAUACGUCCCAUCGCCUUUGGGGCUCAAGAAGCUGUUGGUGGUGGUCAAGGCUUCUCAAAAAUCAGUUCAAACUUUUUGUCACCUGGACAAACGCAGCUGUCACCUGCUGGCUUCCGUUCUCAGCUCUCCAUCCAACGUGAGGCAUCUGGACCUGAGCUGGAACGAUCUGUCGGACGACGGGGUGGAGAUCCUCUCGAAAGGACUGGCCAGUCCACGCUGCAUCUUACAAGUCCUCAGGCUGGCAAACUGCGGAAUCACGAAGGGAGGGUGCGUUUUUUUGGCUGAGGCUCUCCAGUUAAACCCCUCCCGUCUUCAAGAGCUGGACCUGAGCUCCAACGAUCUGUCGGAUGAGGGGGUGGAGAUCCUCUCAAAAGGACUGGCCAGCCCACACUGCAUUUUACAGGUCCUCGAUCUAUGGAAUUGUAAGCUGGGAAAAGGCAGCUGUCACCCGCUGGCUUCCGUUCUCAGCUCUCCAUCCAACCUGAAGCAUCUGGACCUGUCCGAGAACGAUCUGUUGGACGAAGGUGUGGAGAUCCUCUCGAAAGGACUGGCCAGCCCAAAAUGCAUCUUAGAAUCCCUCGAUCUACAUGAUUGUCACCUGGAAAAAGGCAGCUGUCACCCGCUGGCUUCCGUUCUCAUCUCUUCAUCCAACCUGAAGCAUCUGAACCUGUACGAGAACGAUCUGUCGGACGAAGGGGUGGAGAACCUCUCGAAAGGACUGGCCAGUCCACAAUGCAUCUUAGAGUCCCUCGAGCUGUCAUCGUGCAAGAUCACCAAUAAAGGAUGUGUUUUUUUGGCCGAGGCGCUCAAGUUAAACCCCUCCCAUCUUGAAAAGCUAUACCUGAUGGACAAUCAAAUAGGAUAUGAAGGAGAGAGGGUCUUAUUGGACGUCCAACGGGAUCCCAGCAAUCGCCUGAACACUCAGCUUUGAUUAGUCGGACUAAGAGCGCUUGAUCCCUGAUAUCAAGAUGGUUGGGGCCUACUUACUGUCCGACGACCUCAAAAGCAUCAGGUGUUGGCGCUACGGGCAAAAGAGGCCCCACUCACAAUUUGAGGAGGUUCGCCAGCUGGCGUCGGGUGUUUUGCUGCGACGCCGCUACCGGCAGGUGGAGUUCAAGGAGAAGGUCUACGAUACUCCCGCCAAAAUGCUGGCAUUUUUUUCUGAUAUGCAUUGAAAUGUUUGUCACGAUUAUACGUCUAAUUGAUUUGGACUGGGAGGGGCUGACCAAAAGACUUCCAGCACUGUCAAUGGCAGCCAAUGAGUUCAAUAAGUACCCUUUGAAAGUUUUAACUUAUGUUUUUCACAAAUUAAAAACAAAAAUGUCAUACGUACACUUAAAAUUGUUUUGUCUAUUUUGAUUAAACAUGGAUUGUUUUCACAUCUUCAUGUAAAAAAGAGGAUCAAAUGUUGUUUUGUACGAGAACAGUAAAGCCCCAACCUGAAAGAAAACAUCGAAAAUCACCAAAUAAUCCACCACAACCUGAAAAGAAAAUACACUGGAAAUGUUUCAUACACUUAACAAGCAUUCCUGAUGGUAAAGAAAAAUAUAUGACUUUCAACUUUCAACGCCCUCCCCCGCAAGACCAAACUUCCUCAAGGAUGAAUCAUUGUAGAAGGUGGUUACUUCGGUAUCGUUCCUCCAAACAGUUCAUUCACAACCGACACAACAGUAAAGCAUUGAGACAAGUCGUCACUCGCACACUCUGGAAAGAGACGACGUGAAAAGGCUGGCCGGGUAAGUUUUCUGUUAAACUGAAAGGAAAGCCACAAGUCGCUCAUUCCAAAGUUUGCCCGUAAGUGCUCCUUUGGUAUGUUAGCUUCCCGUCAUGUGUGAUCACGAUCAUGUGUUUAAAUAUUCCUUUCCUCAUCCUCUUUUGAGAGAGACAAGGGUUCAUUAUCAGUUACACAACUUCCUCUUCAGAACAGUGACUUUCCUCAUUGAUGCUUGCCAUGCAGGGUUGUUAAUAACACCGUUACAAACAGCGUUAUUUUUGUCAGUAGAGAGUAAUCUAAUUCAUUAAUUUUCCCAUCUUUCAACACCGUUACCGUAACUAAGGAUUUGAAGGCUUGUGUUACUACCAUUUGGGUGAAUGACGCGGGGGGGGCAGAGGCAAAGUUUGUCUUUUGUGGCAAAACAUGUUGAUGACCCCAAAACACAGCGUCAGGAAUAAAAUUAACAAGAUAUAUGCUCGUUAGUAGCUUAGCCCAUGCUUAUAAAUACAGGAAUCCCAGCUGUGUAUAUGUGGGGGUGCGUGCGUGUGUGAGCACGCGUGUUUUUAGUAGACGCCGAUUUUUGCGUUCCACACCCUUGCGAAACGAAUCCUAAAACAAAAUUAAUUUUGACCGAUUUAAAAAGUAUUGUUUUUGUUCAUUUCAUUAAUUUUGGUGGGGUUUUUUAUUGCUUUACAACUUUUACAGACAACAUUUUAUCGUCAAAGUUCAUACUGUAUUGGGAAGUCAAUUACAAGCAAUGACAUUUUUGGCCACCAGGGGGUGGCUAUGCCCUCCCAAACCAGCUCCCCCUUAAUCUUCGCGUAUGGAGGGGGAAGGAGGGAUGGGGGUUGUGAUACUGUUGCAAACGCGAUGCUGCGUGGCUCGGAGCGUUAGCAUAGCAUUCGCGUUCUCGCUAGCAUUAGCAUUUAGCAUUGCGAGCAUCUUACAUCCUCAGGCAACAGCGCAUGAUGUCGGUGAGUGUUCUUGCUCACUGACUCUGAGUUUGAGUUGCCGUGUUAGGCCGCUAUUGUCUGUUGUUCCUCUCUAGUCUCUCUGCCGGGAACGCAGUAAAGAGUUCCCCCCGGAACACAACAUGCCCCACAUUAGUUCCAUAGGUGAAUUAAGAACACUGAAUGAAUGGUCACCACGCAUAGAGUUUGUGGCCUUCAGGUUGGUACUAUUAAUUGAAAAUAACGAACCGUUUCUCUGUUGAGUAUGCAUUAUCAUCAAGUGGGCGUUGUCCUUUUAGACCAGGGGCGGGCAAACAUUUUGGCUCAGGGCCACAUUGACUAAAAAUUUGACACAUGGGCCGGGUCAGCACUAGAUGCAUACAUAUCAAAGAUAAACAUAAAAAAGGCAUUACAGUGUUAUUACUCACAUUACCUUUUAAUGGGAACAAUGUUGUUGAUCACCCGUUUUUGCCAUUGCAUCAAAGUCCAGUGUCAGUUUUGUUGUGGCAAUUCUCAGAACAGACCUGAGGUGUUCAUCACUCAACUGGGAUCGGUGGGGUGCUUUGUUGGUGAUCAUCACACUAAAAGUCUGUUCACACACAUACGUACAGCCAAAGAACACCAGCAUCCUAUCCGUCCUGGGAGUGGAUCUCUCCUGACUGUGGUACUCCCCAAGGUUUCUCAUAUUCUCCCAAAGACUCUGGAGUUUUGGGAGUUUUUCCUUGCCGACAUGGACGGUCUAAGGAUGGGGAAUACCCAGGACUUGAACUUUA